AUGGGCAAAUCAAUCCUCCUCAUCAAUGGCCCCAACCUCAACCUCCUGGGUACCCGGGAACCCCACAUCUAUGGCAGCACCACCCUCCCCGACAUCGUGGCCUCCAGCAAAGCUCACGCCGAGUCCCUGGGCGCAACCCUCGAGGCGUUCCAAUCCAACCACGAGGGUGCCAUCGUGGACCGCAUCCAGGAGGCGCGCGGCAAUGUCGACGGUAUCGUCAUCAACCCGGGUGCUUUCACACAUACCUCCGUCGCGAUCCGAGAUGCGCUGCUCGCAGUCAAUAUUCCCUUCAUCGAGCUACAUGUGAGCAAUGUGCAUGCACGCGAGCCUUGGCGCCAUCACAGUUACUUCAGCGACAAGGCUGCCGGAAUCAUUGUUGGGCUGGGCGCGUAUGGGUAUAAAGUUGCAGUGGAGCAUGUGGCGCUGAAUUUCAAGGAGAGGGCGUCUUUAUAG